ACCAAUUGUUGCAUUCAUACCAAUUCUUCCUUUUUUGAUAUUUUCGAACACACUAAACUGGGAAAAUUACAAAAUUUGUAAACCCAAAAUCUUAUAGCACCCUUUGGCUUUUCAGCUAAAAGAAAAUAAGUUACAUUAAUACAUUUUUCCAAUUACUCUCAUUACUGCAACUACUGAAAAUGGCUGAAAAGUCAGAAAAGUCUGAAAAGUAAGUUUUUCGGAUUUUUCCUCGUUCUUAAUACAAUUACUAUAUAAAAAAAAAUUCCCCUUAGAAAUGAUUACGAUCCAUACGAGCACCGCGAAGUACCACAUCCGAUUAGGUAAAAUAAAAUCUCCGAAAGAAAAACAAGUGUCAAUAUGUAUGUAAAUCUUGCAGCGAUUUCGGCGCUUUUGUGAAUAUCAUCAAAGCGGUACUGGGCACCGGGAUACUAGCAGCGCCCAUGGCCAUCAGAAAUGCCGGCUAUUUGCCCGCCAUCAUAUGCAUCAACAUAAUAGGCGUCUUCAUAAUACACUCGAAAUUCAUACUGGUAAUUCGAAAGACAUUGUUGACACUUUACUUGGAUUGUAGUUUUUUAUACGCUAAACAGGGUAUAUUAAGUUUCCCACGAUAUUUCAACACUGUUGAGAAACUUCGAAGAACUCAUAAAUUAUCUCCAUAUGUACAUAUAUACGAGUAAAUGAUCAGUGGAACGAGCUGAGUCAAUUUAGCCAUGUUCGUCUGUCGAUUUGAAAUUUCCAACACGUCUGUCCUAGACAGGUCCGCUCUUGUCUAUAUUGGCAGCUGCUAAACAAACCGACUGAUCGGAACGCUGGACGGAGCGUAGAUUUUUCGAUGUCUUCAAGAAAAAUCUACGCUCCCUCCAGGGCUGAAAAGGUGGACUAUGAACUACCUGAGUCUACCUACCUACCCUUACUGGAACUACUUCAUCCGUAUUGUUUCGAGGAAAAACUCUGAAUUGAGAAGAAGAGUGAUGUCCUCUCCCCGUUGCUGUUUGGCUUCUACAUCUCGAAACUCCCCAACCACCAGAGGGAAUUUCUAUUACCACGUACGCUUAUGAUUGCACUAUAAUAACGUCGGACAUUGUAUUCGAUGGCGUGUGGUCAAAAGUAAAUGGCUACCUCUCGACCCUUCUUGCUUACUCGCUGCACGGAACCUAACACUAUCUAACACUAAAUUCACAGCGACAUAUUCAAUAACUGGACGAAGGAGUACAGACUAGAAUAUUGCAGUCGAUGACGUUAAAAUUCCGACUGUCAAUAACCCUAAGAUUUAAGGUGUGACAUUCGACAGCCUGUGCUCCAUCAUUCCUCACACGACCGCGAUUAUUGCUAAAGUACAUAGCCGCAACAAAAUUAUUAAGUCGCUAGCCGGUAGCACAUGGGGAAAAGACAUAAAAACGUUGUUGGCAAAAUACAAGGCAAUCGGCCGGCCGGUCCUUAACUACGCCGGACCAAUAUGAUCACCUGGAUCCAGUGAAACGCUGGCGAGGAAGCUACAGACAUGUCAGAACACUGCACUCCGGACUACAGCGGGAUACCUCUUGAUGUGUCCCAUCGAACCUCUGCACAGUGAGGCCCGCAUGCUCCCAAUUAAGGAGCAUAAUGAACUACUAUCCAAGCAGUUUCCGCUGAGAUGCUUUCGUAGAAAUCAUCUCUGCAGUCAUAUAGCUGUCAUACAAACUGACCUCUCAAAAUCAAGUUUUUGUAUCGAAAACAAUUUUCUUUGUGAAUAGUAUUAUGCCUUCGGUGCAACCGAAGUUAAUGUUUUGCUUGUCUUAUUUCAACAGUUAUCAGGUAUGUAUGAGCUGGCCAAACGCAAGCAAGUGCCACUGCUAACUUAUGGCCAAGCGAUGCUGUUCGGCGUGAUGGAGGGUCCACCGGCGCUGCGUUGGUUGCAAUAUUUGAUCAGCGGUAUUGUAAAUGUAAUGCUAUUCGCCAAUCACUUCGGCACUUGUUGUGUCUAUGUGGUGUUCAUAGCGAAUUGCUUGAAGGAUUUCGGUGAUUACUAUUGGGAGGAGCAUGACAAUCGCAUUUAUAUGGCAAUGGAAAUUGUGCCGUUAUGUCUGAUAUUCCUCAUACCCAACUUGAAGGCGCUCACACCAUUUGUGCUUAUCGCGACUAUAUCUUUAAUAUUUGGCUUCGGCAUUUUAUUCUACUAUAUCUUCACGGAUAUGCGCCCGUUCUCCGAGAUGGCUGUAGUGCAGGACAUUUACUACUUUCCAUUUUUCUUUGGCGCCACCAUGUUUGCUAUGGAUUCGCCCGGCUUGAUUGUUUCCGUGGAGGCGAAUAUGAAAAAUCCCUUACAUUUUCGACGCAUCUGUGGCGUUUUUGUGCUAGCCAUGCUGUUCGUUGUUGUUUUCCAAAUCAUUUUUGGCUUCUUCGGCUACUGGAGUUAUGCCGAAGAUAUUGCCUCGACUAUUCUGCAAAAUAUACCCUAUCAUACGGCACCCGCCUCAGCGGCGCGCGUAAUUUUUGCAUUUUCCAUCUUCAUCUCGCAUCCGUUGCAGGGUUACGUGCCCUUCGAUGUGAUGUGGAACAAUUGGUUGAAAGCGAAGGUGGCUGAGGAGCAUCAAUUUGUGCUGGCGAUGCUUUUUCGCAUUUGCAUCGCCCUUUCUUCGGUGCUCAUCGCCAUCUCGUGCCCCUCAUUGACUGUCAUACUCUCGCUAGUUGGCGCCUUGUGCAUGUCUUUUCUGGGCUUAAUUUUGCCUGCUAUUCUGGAUAUUUGUGUGAAAUACGAAACCGGCUAUGGCCCCGUAAAAAUUUAUCUGCUGACGAGUUUGCUGGUGGCGCUUCUUGGUUUGGUCGGCGCUAUAAUUGGUACAUAUGUGUCCAUACAGGAGUGGAUUUUUACGUAUACCCGCGAAGAUCACACGAUGAAGGCUAUAUAUUAUGGUGUUUUUAAUGAAAAAUAUACUGGUUUGAUUUAA